UUCAGCUUAAAAUUUUUCAAAUUAGAUCAAAAUGUCAAACGUCAAUAAACUGCUGCCUCUGAUGCUGAUAAUUGGCUAUUGCGGCAUUUUUGUGCCUGGAAGUGCACAAAACCUGUUGGACCGUCUACGGCCGGUUAAUGCAACGCGCUUCGAUGAUGGCAUCAAAGUCGUGUCCGGCACCAAAGUGAAGCGAUACGAACGUCUGACGGUGCCGCUGGGCGGACCUGCUGGCAUACCAGGAGCUGCUGGUCUUUUGGGACCUCUGCUAUCUCCACAGCCAGCUUAUUUGGGUUAUACCUAUUUGGUGCCACAAUGGCAGGCGGGUGCGAAGCUCAUGGGCGACAGCGAGGGAGCUGGCGUGUCUGGUAUGAUCACCUUCCAGCAGUUGCCGUACAACUCGGACAUCAAGGUGACAAUGAAUGUGACAGGGUUACCUUCAGGCAAGCAUGCACUGCAUAUACACACCUUUGGCGACAUCAGCGAUGGUUGCAAGUCCACGGGCGGACAGUUUCCCAAUAAUUUUCUCGGCAACGUGGACGCUAAAGAUGAUGGCAGCAUAUCUGCGAACUUCCAGAGCAUCUACAUCCAGUUGUUUGGUUUCAAUGGGAUUGUGGGCAGGUCCAUUGUUAUACACAGCAAGGCCAUCGAUCUGAAUACUGCACUAAAUGCGGAGGUCUUCUCCUCAUCGCUACAGGCCAUGCCGAAUGCCUUGGCCUUUCAAAAUGAGGAGAACUCUGUGGGUCCACCCAUAGCUUGUGGCGUGAUUAGCCUCAUGAGCACUGCCGUGGCUACUGCUUCCGUUUCAACGGCUGCGGCAGUGGAGAAAAGGGAGACUUAAUGCAUUUUCAACUUUUAUUUUAACGUAUUUUAAUACAUAGUCUCUGUAUUAUCUUUAUAGAAGGAGAGCUUUUAUAUUUUUUAUAGCAGGUACUCUAAGAAUAAAAAGGGU